CUCUAUGGUUGUGGCACCUCCGAGGGGUUUCUCUAGCCACUCGCGCUCUAUGGUCCGCGGCCUCCGGCUCGUCGGCUUUUACCCUCCCGCGAGUCAGUCUGGAGGAACCUGCAGAGCGGGCGGAAGAUCUUGACCAGAAGCGCCCCAGCCGCCUCUGGAGAGCCCAGCGCUGUGACAGCUCGGAGGCGGCCAUGUCAGCCAGCGGGGCUGGAGCCCGACCGGGUCCCUGACUGCAGCCUGGACUCCUCAGCCGGACGCCCAGAAAUACUCAUGCGUCACGUACCUCCUUGAUGACUGCUGUCUCAGUAGAGAACUUCUUAUUUUUACAUUGUCACAGAAUUUUGAAAUUUUAUUAAAAAUGACAUGGAGGGAUUUUUAAUGAAACUUUGAUAGUUCAACAAAGGAUGCUCUAAUGGAUGACAGAGAAACUCCUACAAGUGACCUACAGUUAGAACCACAAGAUGGAUGUCACACCGAUGACAGCAUGGAAGAUACACGACUGGGUUUGCCUUCUAUAUCCGAUGAAAAUGAAAAUCAGUUUGAUGGGAAUGUGUGUGAAGCUGUGACCGGCAGUGACAAUGAGAUGGGAAACCAUGAAAAGUUUGAACAGGACAAUCUCAACAAUAAUGAAAGCUGCAGCAACUGUGAUAACUUUGUUACCCCAAGCUGUGAAGCUGUGGCAAGUGAUCAUUCUGAAAAAAAGCACCCUGAGGACCCCAUGGAUGAAAAGCCCCUCCUCGGAAAGGAGAAAAAAACUCUUGGGAAAAAAACCUCAAGAAGCAAAAAGGGAAUGAUUACAAAGUCAACACCAGAAUUUUCUUCAGGAGACACUGCAACAGUAAUGCAAGAAAAGAUCAUUAGUAUCUCUACACAUGCUGGUGGUGAGGAAGAUUCUGCUGAAUCCAAUGCUCGUUAUCAACCAAAGGAGCCUCAACAAGUUUUGCAGUCCCUCCUCUCCCUCAUCCGAGGUGAAUUUGAACAAUUGGAUUCAAGAGUUCUGCCCCUUUGCCUUCAUCAGAUCGCAGAGACCUAUUUUCAAGAAGAAGACUAUGAGAAGGCAAUGAAAUUCAUUCAGCUUGAACGACUAUAUCAUGAACAGUUGCUUGCAAAUCUGUCCUCUAUUCAGGAGCAGUGGGAAGCAAAGUGGAAAACAGCAGAACCACGUGUAGUUACAUCUCUGAGGAAUUCAGAAAAGGGAUUGAAUGGUGAAGAACUUGACAGACUUGCUACACUUUGCACAACACAUCAAGAGCCUCUUCUCUCAAAACAUAAGAUCUUAACUACUGAAAAGUCCUUGGAGGAGAUAGGUUUUACACAGUUAAUAGGAAUUGGAGAUUUGGAGGAAAGAGGAGCUACAGCCAAAAAGUCAGAGAGCAAAACUUGGACUGGCAUUGAAUCAAGGAAAGAAAACCAGCAUAAAAAGGAAGAGAAAAGCGAGAGGAGUCUGUCCAGUAAUCAGAGUGAUAAGCUGAUGGAGGCAGUCAGUCCUUCAGUAAGUGCCAGCAAAGACCACAUGGAGGAGCAGCAGUGCAGGGCUGAAUCAACAUCGGAGUCACACACCCAGCCCUCAGAGACAGUGGGCAGCGGGCCUGGCUCUGAUUCUUCUGAGAAUCCGAGUAAGGAGGACAGCUGCUUACUGCUGGGUGAGGCAGAAAUCUGUGAGGAUGUAGCCAAAAGAGAGGGAAUUGCUGACAGACCUAAGGUGCUGAUUUCUGAUAGAUCAAUGGUAGAUCCCUUGAUUUUAUCAAGCAGUGAACAUAUACCUCUUUCUCUGAAUCCUGAAGAUGAAAAUUUACAGGCUGAAGGAAAUGGACUCCUCCAGCAGCCCCAGGAUGCUCCUGAUGUGACUGCGAGAGAAGAACUUGAAAACAAUGCAUUAAAUCAGCAGCAACCCGAUCUUACAGACAGUGAUGGAAAAUUACCACCAGAAAAUGUGCAUGGUGAAGAUAACAGAACAUCUGACUUGGAGGAUCCAGAACUACGUAUAGCACCAGAGGAAUGGAGAGAAGAGGAGGAGGAAGAGGAGGAGGAGGAGGAGGAGGAAGUCAGUAAAGAAACAGAAGAUUACUUGAACAAGCUUUUAGAAGGAUGCCUACAAGACACUGGGCCUUGUCCUCCAUAUGAAGAAAAUCAGGAAGACUCUGACACCCUUCCAGAUCUUUCACCUGAAGAAGCAUCUUACAGUCUACAGGAGCCUUAUGAUGAGAGCUGCCUUUCUCUUGAUGAUCUUGCAAAAAGGAUAGAGAUCGCAGAGGUUGUUCCAACAGAGGGACUGGUGUCUAUAUUAAAGAAAAGAAAUAAUAGUGAAGGAAAUCAGCUUGCCCAAAUGCAGCAAAAAUCAUCAAAGAGACGGGUGAGGUUCCAAGAAAUGGAAGACUCCUUGGAUCAGGAUGAAGUUGGUGGUGGCUCCUGUCUUUUGCUGGUCUUGCUGUGCAUAGCGACUGUUUUCCUCAGCGUCGGAGGAACUGCGUUGUACUGUACCUUUGGUGAUGCGGAAUCCCCUGUAUGUACUGACUUUGCGGCCAACAUGGAUUUCUAUUAUACCAAGUUACUGCAGGGAAUGACGGAACUUAAACGCAGGAUACCCUUCUCAUAGCAGCCUUCCCGCCUUGAAUGCCACAGGCAGUGAGAACCACAGAUCGGACAGUACUUCUGUCCUGUGUGCUGCCACUUUCAGUGAGAUACCACGGGCGACAGAGACUUCUUCAGCACAGACUCUGAGCACCGGAGGGUGGAAGGACGACCAAAUCUUGAUGUCUUUGAGAGCACAUCAGUAUCUUCCAUGUCGCUGCAAGUAGAAAUGGAUAAAGCAUUCCUAUAACCACCCAUUUUUAGCCAUCUUGAUAUGCUAACGGUUAAAGAUCACGUUUAGUUUACAUUUGUUUGUCCAAAGACGUUGCUUCCAGCUAUCAUGCAAUAAGUCUUGUGUGUCAUGAAAAGGAAUUACCUUAUAGUCUUGAUGUCUUUGUAAUUAUACUCGGGAGCUGUGUAAUCCAGGUUUAGCAAAUCAAUGUUUUCAAAGUCCACACCUCGUAUGUGAAAUAGUUGUGUGUAUGUAUUUGUCCGUCUCUCUCUAUUCUCAGGCAGUUAUUAUGAGCAAAUACCCAACACAGAAUAAUAGCAAUUGUCAUUAUUCUUUUAUCUUGAAUAUUGCUGUGCAGGCACAGAUCUUCUUUCCAUUUUAACCGUUGUUCAACUAUGUAACUGUGGAAUUGAUGGCCUGGAGUAGAUAGACAAUUGAGUUUCAGAAAUUUGGCUGUGCUACGUGGCAGUCAACAGCAGCUGAUUUCUAGUUAAUACGAUUAGAUCAAAAUCUGAUUAGAUGCUGCUCCUCAGGCCUCCAUUUCUAACUCGUGUUUAGAACAUGUUUCUAACAUGGUUUGCAUACUUCUUAAUGCCAUGAACGAAUGCUCACAGUUCCAGUUUAGGCCUCUCAUAUGAAAAGCAAACUUUUUUUUUUUUGCAAGUGAGAUUACAUCAUUGAGAUAAAUGAAUCAGUAUUAAAAAAUCAUGUUAUAUUGAGGUUUUUUUUUUUUUACAUUUGAAGGUGCAUUCAUAUAAUGAAUUUGAAUAUGCAUAACAGACAUGUAAUAGUCACUUUGUCAUCAAAGGUUCAGUCAUUUCUGGAAUAGGUGAACUUCAGUUCCCUCUUCCCCCUAAAAGGUAACAAUAAUAAUAUGGAAUUAUCCCCCUCUGAGGCUCAAUUGUCUAACACUUAGGAAGCCUUACUUUACCAUUUCAUAUCACAGGCCACAAUUACACAUUAUUAUUUAAUGUGAAACAUUACUUUCAGAAUAAAACUUAAGAAUUAUAAUUUUCCAGAAAGUAAUCUUUGUUUUACAUUUUUUUUCAUGUCAGAAUCAUUUAAAAGAGGGAGAAAUCAGUUUUAUAUUUCUAUGUGUUACUGGCUGGUUCAGUAUCUCCCUUUGUGUUUCUGCUUAUUUAUUUAGAUUAGAUUAAUUUUUAAGGGAUUUUUUUCCUUUGUAAAUUGAAGUGUUGCUGAGCGUGCAUUUGGUUAUUUUAAAGCUAUCUGUACAAUUACUGUAUCAUUAAGUGUGUGUUUUGAUUUUCUGCAAUUUAAGUUCAGAGUGUUUUUAAACUUGUUUAUUUUUAAAAUGAUGGUUUUCACCUAAGAAUACUGUUUGAUUUAUAUGCAUCAUGUCACCAUGUAAUAUCUUCAAGAGUUAUGGGUCAGAGAUAUUUAUUUAGAAGUAUAUAAGAUAUUGAGAUCAUGAAUCCUUAUACUUAAGACUGAUUUUAUUAGAAGAUAUUUUAAUGUUCUAUUAUAAAUUUUAAGAGAUUAAAAAGCUGAGGUGAUUUUUUUAAAGCAGUUCAGUUGCACUGUGUAUCAAAUUUAUACUCAAAUUCUAUAUAAAAUAUUGAUGGUACUAAUUUUUAUGUGGUUCUGUCAGUAAGGCCUGCUCACAAGAGCUCCAGUGAGGGGCUGUUAGCCAUAGCUAGACAUCUUCUGUUUUGCCCUCAAUUUCUAAUUAGGAGACCUUUGUCCUGCAACCUAGCAGUUCCACAUUAAGACAAAAAUAAGGUUUUCCUCUCUGUUUCAGUCACACAGCUGAAGCCCUUCUCCUUCCAGGUAAUUUACUGUUGGAAUCUAUAAGAAAUCAGUGACAGCUGUAUUUGCCUUUAGAACUUAAGGCCUCUUCCUUCUAGCAUAGUUCCUAUUGAUUUGCUGGAAAGUUUGCACAAAGAAUGGAGCAGAAAGGAAAUAAGAUGCUUUGGUAAAAUUGAACAAGUGGUGCUUAGAGAGAAUAUCCUUAUAACUGCCCUGAGUGGGGGAAAGUGAGGUCAGUGUAGUGUGGCCAGAGCACAUAGAUGCCUUGACUUACAAACAGGCUUAAAAUCGUAACAGAGCAAAUUAGGACAAGUUUUUGAAGUUUAAUAGCCAUUUAUUGCAUGACUUGGGGUAAUUCCACUUUGUGAUGAAAGGGCUGUUUAACUCACAUGAAAAAUUUCACCUAAUUUUUCAACAGUGUAAAAUUAUCUGUCAUUUGAUGGUACUGAUAAUUUGUAACAAAUCUAAUAUUCUUGAAGAACUGUAUUUGAAAGCAUCAAAUCUAGCUUGUGAUUUAAAAUCUUCAACAAACAAAAA